CACACUCGAGGCACCCAUUCGAUCAUGUUGGACCAGGUUAGGACAAGACUUCAUCAGAACACGUCUAGUCUUGAAUUUGCCACCUCCUGCCCAACAUGUUCACCCGCGUCGCCCUUGCCACCGCGGCCCUCGCCCUCGUGUCGGCCAAGAUCUCGCCGAAAUUGUCGCGCGAGAUUGAACUCACCGGGUCUGUGCCGUCGAUCUUGGUUGUCGAAUUUGCCCCCAUCACUGACGACGUGUUGAGCGCGGCGGACGCCAAGAUCGAAUCCGUGUCCACCCGCGGCGCCAAGAUUGAAGCGAUCUACGACACGUUGGUCGACUACGCCAGCCGCCAACAAGCCGGCGCGUUGGACAUCAUCGCCCAAGCCAGCCACGAACUGAAGGUGAUUGUCUCGGCCAAGACGUUGGCCGUUGCCAACAUUUUGGUCUUGGAAGGCGCGACCCCCGCCUUGCUCGACCGCCUUGCCACCGACGCCAACGUCCAGACCAUCCGCCACCAGUACAACGGCAAGCUCGUGGCGCCGCACACCGCCGCGUCCGAAGGGUCUGCCCCCGCAGCCACCGAAUGGGGCGUGAACAAGAUCGCCGCCCCUUCCCUUUGGGAGAAGGGCUUCACCGGCAAGGGAGUCGUCGUUGGCGGCAUCGACACGGGUGUGUUGUACACGCACGAAGCGUUGAAGGGCAACUGGCGCUCCGAAAACGGAUUCUUUCAACCGGUGGGCAACUCCCAAUUCCCCGUCGACGGGCACGGCCACGGCUCCCACACCAUGGGCACAUCCGUGGGUGCCGGCGGCAUUGGCGUAGCGCCGGACGCCAAGUGGAUCGCGUGCCAGGGCUGCCUGCCUGACGGCUCGUGCCCCGAAGUGGUGUUGGUUGCGUGUGCGCAAUACAUGCUGUGCCCUCACGACUACCAAGGGAAGAACCCCAAGUGCGAGCUGGCCCCCCACGUGAUCAACAACUCGUGGGGCGACGACAACGAAAUCCCCGACGUGCCGUACUACAAGGGCCCCGUGGCGGCGUGGCGCAAGGCGGGAAUCAUCCCCGUGUUUGCCAACGCCAACUCUGGCCCCAAGUGCGGCACCGUCUUGAGUCCGGGGGACUACCCUAACGUUAUCGGCGUCGGCGCGACCACGUCCACGGACGCCCUCGCUGGGUUUUCCAGCCGUGGCCCUGGCCCCAAGAACGUGUUGAAGCCUGACGUGUCGGCUCCUGGUCAGUCCGUGCGCUCGGCCACCGCGGCCGGCAACUCGAGCUACGCUUCGUGGUCGGGAACUUCCAUGGCCACCCCCCAUGUCGUGGGAGCCGUCGCGCUCUUGAUCUCGUCCAAGCCCACCAUCACGUACGAUGAAAUCUACGCUGCACUUACCAAAACCGCUGAAACUUCGACGUUGACCCCGACCAACCAAACGUGCGGCGGCCUCGACGACAGCAAGUACCCUAACAACAACUACGGAUACGGACGCAUCAACGUCUUCAAGGCUGCGUCCGCCACCCCUUCCCCCUCGACCCCUUCCCCCACCACGACCAAGCCCUCGUGCUAGGUACCAGGGAAAUGUCUAUUUUGUCCUAGUUAAACGGUCAACGAAUGGUUUGUCGCGUUGUUUGAACGA